CGUGCUUCUAUUGAACCGCAGGCAGUAUCGAAUCAUUCACAAAACUUCACGAAAUUCAGAGGAUUACAUAUGAUUAUUACGUUUGCAUUUUUUUGCAAGUUCAAUCUAUUUGACAGACUUAUUGAGAUCCUUCGGCGGGUAGCCACAUAGCCCGAGUCUUCAGUGUUGGUUUCUACGCAGGCAGGUCAGUUGGAGAUUCAGCUAAACCACCAUAUAUAUGUUGAAUUUGAUACACUUGUGGAGGAUGCGAUGCAAAGAUGGAAAUGACGUGAAAGGGCAUGAAAGGUCUAAGGCAACAUCUGCCAUAUGCUGUCGUCAACAGACGCCGUGCAACGCCGAAGUCAAGGUCAAGAUUCAGGAAAGAAGACUUCGACUUCGACUUUCGAGGAAUGGUCAUUCUCAUACCACUGUGAACCAGCGUGAACCGUGCUGUGGCACAAUGAUGGCCUUGGGUGUCCAUGACAAGCACAAAGCCUGCAAAAGGCUUCCAUCAGACAGUGAGUUUGACAGCCAGCUCGACUUAUUGGGAUUGGUGCACAUUGAUGGCAGCAGUGAUACCACAGUGAAAACAUGUGUGUUAUUCUGUUGAUUCUAUUGUACGUAAGGGGUUUGCCUUGCUGGACCUGCUGCAGCCUCUGCAACUCACAAGCUUACAUUUGUGUACACUUGUUAGCUUUGUAUAGGGAGUACCCACAGCAGGGAACGCAGGCGGUGCCAAUCAAGCAUGCAUUUGGCUUCUGUGGUGGGCAACACCUUUACAUAUAUCGGCGGUAUCAAGAGGUUUCCUGUAUGUCAAAUUGCGGAGGCUGGUCAAACCCAGGCGCCUCCGCGUAGUGGCCGAUGAGACCAGGACUACUGCGGAUGAUGAUGCCUUCAUUGUGGCUCCAGCGUCCAACGGUGAUGCGGAUUGUAAUCAAAA